GUUGGGCUUCUCUCUUCCUUUCUGGCUUUGAUCAGUGGCUUUGAUUGGGGGUCAUGUGACGUUACAUAACCAGGCUCCAGCUCAGUUCAAGGAAAGUAGGCUGCACUGUUCAGGCAUUUGACGACGGGAAAGCAACGAAUAAACCACGCUGAAGGUGCAGGGAUCAGAAGAAUGAAUUUCCUCCUGGAAACCCUUCAAGUGAUCGUAAUGUCGAUCUAUUACAACAUGGAGGCGUUUGUCCGACUGUUCAUCCCACCCAAGAACAAAAAUGUCACCGGUGAAAUCGUCCUCAUCACUGGGGCGGGCAGCGGCAUUGGCCGGCUCCUGGCUGAGAAGUUUGCCCCCCUGGGCGUUUCUCUGGUCUUGUGGGACAUCAACCAGGAGGGCAUGGAGGAGACUUCAAGGCUAGUGAAGGAGAAAGGGGCGACUAAGGUCCACUACUACUUGUGUGACUGCAGUGACAAGUCCGAAGUCUACAGAGUGGCUGACAAGGUCAAGAGAGAGGUGGGGGAUGUAAGCAUUCUCAUAAACAACGCAGGCAUCGUCACGGGCAGGAAGUUCAUGGAUGCACCAGACUCCCUCAUUGAGAAAACCUUCGAAGUUAACACCAUGGCACACUUUUGGACAUAUAAAGCCUUUCUCCCAGCGAUGACUGCCAACAACCACGGUCAUCUGGUCAGCAUUGCCAGUUCAGCUGGUCUGAUUGGUGUCAAUGGGCUAGCAGAUUACUGUGCCAGUAAGUUUGCUGCUAUUGGCUUUGCUGAGUCUGUGGCUCUGGAGCUGCUGGCUACUGGGAAGGAUGGAGUCAAGACUACCAUAGUGUGUCCAUUCUUCAUCAAUACUGGCAUGUUCGAUGGCUGCAAUACUAAGUGGCCUCUCUUGUUGCCCAUCCUGGAUCCAGACUACGUAGCAAACAAGAUCAUUGAAGCCAUUUUAACUGACCAGGUCUACCUUCUGCUCCCAAGGACCAUGUAUCUUAUCAUAGGCCUGAAGAAUAUUAUACCCGUCAAGCUUGGGAUUCUGCUGGGGAUGUAUCUGGGAGCUUUCAACUUUAUGGAUGCUUUCAAAGGACGCGUCAAGAAGGUGGAGUAGCGAAGAGGAAAAAGAGACAACAUACUCUGUAAUAUUAGUGCCUCAAAGGAGAUUAAUAGUGCCUGUUAUGUUUCUGUAUUUUCUCUUUUUACUUGUUUUAUAACAUGUUCUUGUUUAUAAUUAAUUUUAGUGUGUGAAGAAAAGCCUACUUACUAGUUUAACUCUGCAGACAAAUUAUAUGUGUAGGCUGUAUUGGUAAUCAAAUAAUUAAUGUAUUACCUUAAAAAAAGAAAGUUGAUGUAACAUUGUGUUUUGUAGUAUAAACCAUAUGGUGUUAGUUCACUACACUGACACGUAAGUAUUGCUACAUUUGGUAGCUAUUUCACUCUUGUACCGUUCAGUGGAAUACGUCCUCUUUUUGGCCUAAAGGAAAAUUGAAGGUUUUUAUUAUUAUUGACGCACUUGGUUUUUUAUGUUAAUUUGUUUUAAAAGGUCCAUUGUUUUGAGGUCGAACCAGUUUCACCCACAGUGAUAACCAGAACCACAGAUGUUGAAUUGAAGUCAACUUCACAGAGUAGUAUGGAGGUACAGUAUACUGCAAUGUUGUCAUUAGCGUUUAGAUUACCUCAUGCGCACACAUGCACAAUACACAUUAGAAAAGGCCUAGUAGAGAAGCUCAGAAAACUGUCAUGUGAAGGAUGUGAAGGAUAAUUACCUGUGUGUACUGGACUAGUUUUGUGAAGUUCUCUAAGUCUACAGUAGCCAGAUGACGGUUUACUCUACUGCCAUUAGGAUAAUCAAUGAAGUAAUAAUGCACAUGCAUUCAGUGGCUCUGUACAGAGGUGCUAGGCAUUGGAUCGGAAGAAUAGGAUAAAUAAUGUUCUGUUUUGUUGGAAAAUUAUCAGUUUGCAUAUACAGUAUUUGUCCUCUGGACCUACCCUUUACAUUUGAACAACUGAGCUGUUUAUUGGUUAAAGGAAGAUGUUUUCUGUUGACACUGAAGAGUUGACAAUAUGAGCUAAUCAUUUUAUUUCAACCAUGUCAUGUUACAUAUUAAUUAUCGCUCUUUUAGUAUCAUGUUGUGUGUAACUGUUGGUAUCUGAACAUGAUCCAUUUUUAAACGUGUUUGUGUUGAAAGCCAAAUGAUAUGGGACAUUUAUUAAUAGUAAAAAGUUUGAAAUCAAA